GGGAAGAAAAGGGUUAAUUACCGCCUGUGGCCGCUCCUCCCUCCCUCCCUCUCCAGCCACCGCGAACGCCGCCGUAGUCCUCCCUGUUCUUUCGGCAAUUUAUCCAAUUUCCUCUUGCUGCUUCCAGAUGCCGGUUUAGCUCUCUGUCAAAGAGUUUCCCAAGUCUCGUUUCUUCGGUUUUGUACUUACCGAUGGAGGAGUCGAGAGAAUUAUGCCCUCAUAUUUUGUAAAUGUGCUUCUGGGAUUCGAAGCCUUCUCGUCGCGUUUGAGCGGGUAGCUUUCUUCUUGCGACGUCUUCGUCAUUCUAGGGUUCGACCAUUAACAAUCAUUAAUGCCUGCGUAGAUCCCGUUUUUCGGUGUUGAUGCUGGGGAUGUGAGUCCAAAACCCACCGCCCAUAAUGUUAAGAAGGCAAACCGGCUUGCUUCUUUCCUCGAUCGCUGCUCGCCACAGAUUUCCCGUCAUGCCGUGUCUCAACCGUGGCGGUGCCGAUCCUUUCUGCAGAAACGUCUCUUCUUUGUCGAAUCAACCAAGCCUUCCUUCAGUUGAGCUCUCUCGUCGUCGCUUAGCUCUCAGGGACGGUGUUUCUGAUAAUGUCCUGUCCGGCGGCAAUUCGUCUUUGAAAUCUGUUUCCAGCCUGGGAUUGACAUUGAAAUGUUGCCAUGAUCACCGAAAGAAGACUCUGAAUGAUCAGAGGGCACGUACACUUUCCCCUUUUUAUCAGUCGGUGCGACAUUCGAAAUCUCCAAUUGAAGAAAUUAACGGCAGGAGCGCUACUAAUGCUGGAUUGGUUAAUGGUCAUACCGUGCGCCAAGGAGGGCAGCCUCUUGGAUUCAGCAGAAUGUCUGCAACGAACAGAGUUGUUGUUGCAGUUGAUGUUGACGAGGUUCUUGGAAACUUCGUGUCAGCCUUGAACAGAUUCAUUGCAGAUCGUUACUCCAUGAAUCAUUCGGUAUCAGAAUACCAUGUCUACGAAUUCUUCAAGAUAUGGAACUGCUCAAGAGAUGAAGCUGAUAUUCGUGUUCAUGAAUUCUUCAAGACGACUUAUUUCAAGAACGGGAUCUAUCCCCUUCCUGGGGCACAGCAGGUGCUUCAUAAGCUGUCAAGCCUCUGUAAAUUAUCCGUUGUGACGUCUCGCCAAAACGUCAUCAAGGAUCACACUGUUGAUUGGCUAGAUAAGCAUUAUCCAGGACUGUUUCAUGAGAUUCACUUUGGGAAUCACUUUGCGUUGCAAGGAGAGUCUAAACCCAAGUCGGAAAUAUGCAGAUCUUUAGGUGCAGAACUUCUGAUUGAUGACAACCCAAGGUAUGCAAUGGAGUGCGCAGAAGCUGGGAUUAGGGUUUUGCUCUUUGAUUAUGAGAACUCCUAUCCUUGGUGCAAGUCAGAUUCUGUGGAGCAACAUCCCUUAGUCACCAAAGUAUAUAACUGGGAGCAAGUAGAGAAGCACGUAGUCUCACUGAUUGCCGCUCCUUAGUCAGGUCUUCAAUCAUUAUCGAAACGUCAUUAUACAGAUAUGGAACAAGAGACCUCACUCAUUGCUGAGAGAUAUAACUAUGGUUAACCGGAGUCACUUUUUAGCUUUUCGGGUGAAAAGUUGAGACAGACGUGUGGCUGAAAUCGGCAGUCAGAUCCGUCUUUUGCUUGAGCAGCAUUAGAAUUGUGGUGCAAGUGUAAAAAACUUGUAUACGGGCAGGUUUAGCGGAUUCCUUCCUCCAUCGGCACAAUGAUUAUGAAUGAUAAUGCCCUUUUGCCUUCCGGCGUCCUCCGCCUCUGUUAAUUUUAGUUUGGUCGUAAAGUCAUGUUUGGCAUUAAACAAAAACAGCGAGCUCCAUUUGAUUCUUGUUUACAUCUCAUCCCAACUCGUUAUGCACAACUGGUGUGUUUCAUCACCUUUUUUUAGCGUCCGAAACAUCUACAUCCACACGG